GCAAAUUGAUUGUAUAUAUAUGUAUGUAUGUGUAAUAUAUACAGUAUAUGGACAAUUACUAUGGUUGUGAUCUUUGAUCAAGUCAGUACUGUAGGUGCACAUUGUUUUGGACUGAGUGGAUGUGAGCACUUUGCCAAACCAGGCUUGAAAAUGGAGGCAGUCUGCAAAUAUGAAUGGCUGGGUCUUGUGUCACGACCAUGUUCAUCAGAGGUGCUAUCUCUCAUUUAUGUUCAUUUAAAAAGAAUUUAAGUCAAUAAUUUGAAUGUGCUCACUGCUACCAAAAAGCUGCUGCAUGUUGUUCUGUCCAGAUAAUGUAAAAAUCACUGUAUUCAAUUUUCUGACAUGUCACUAAACUGGUCAAGGACACUGCAUACAGGCUAUCCACUGAGGAGAUAAUGGUGCCAAGUUUACUCUUUUUACUUAAAAAAGCAAGGAAAAUCAGAAACCCAGGGCAAAAAACAUGAUUUUUCAGACACAAGACCUACGGUUGUGAGCAGCCAACAGAACAGUAAUUUAGUCCAUCACAGGUGUUUGCUUUUAAAGGUUAGCUGUGUAAAACUGGCACUAUUUGUGAUGCUGAUUGAAAUUAUAAUAGCCCUAGCAAGGAAUCGUAGUAAAUCAGGUCUGGACGUUUCAGUGUGUCCCGCAUACCCAACCCUGCACUAAAGGGUGUGAUUUGUUUUCCAAUUGAGUGGGUGUGGCCUUGGAAUUACAGACCGAGAUACUUACAUCUCCAUCAUUGUCUUGAAUUUAGCAUAUUAUAUCCUGCUCCCCACUGCUUUGUUGGUUCACACAGCUGGGACGUACUAGAUGAAUUAUAGGCGCCUCUGAAAAAGGGGGCUGAUCUGCUUAUGUGACAGGCGUAUGACAUCAGCAUACGUCUCUAUCUCUGUGGUAUAUUUGCUCUGCUCUUAACUAACUACGUAGCCAGCGCUCUGACUGCACUGUGAAUGUGCAACAUGAUUGGCAGGUAGGCUAGCCUCCUUGCAGAGAGCUGUCCUGAUUGGUUGUUAAGAAUCAGGCAUGGUGAAAUUUAGAGUGGCUGAUUUCAGAGCCUGGGGCAGUCCGAGACUGGAGUUGUUCUUAAAGCUUAUAAUUUAUUGAUAUCUGUCAGGAUGUAAAGGAAAUUUAACCAAAUAUGAAACUUACAUACUACGCCUUUAAUUAUGAUGUCAUCACAUUCAUUUUCCAAGCUGAAUCAGGCAAUCCUCUUCUUUGUUACAGUUAUGCAUAUCUCAUCUUCCCCAGAACUAUGCAAUAAUGGCUGCGUUCUUGUAACAUCAUGGCUGCCUCAUUCUGUACUGUUCUUCAGUGUAUUAAUAUUUAAAGUAAAAAUUAAAAAGAAGAGUUCUAAGUGUAAUGGGGUUUCCUGUGUUUGAUUAUGGGUGGUAUUUAGGCAGCGGUCACAUUGGCUACAUGUGGACUGUUCAUCAGACUGUUUAGCUUUUGAAAAGUUGUGACAUUUGACCAAUGGCAACAGUUAUACCACACGAUAGCCUGUCCUCACCAGAAGGCUGAAGUGAAGUAAAACAAAGACAGCCGUUACACUGCAUGACUGGACCACCGAGCAUUUGUUGGCGUGUGUCCCCAAAAUACAUAUUCCUUCCCUGACCACUGAUGGCCGAGAUAUAGAGUAUAAUCCAAUUAUAUUAAAUUUUAUCUGAAUUUCCUAAAAUUUAUAUAAUUAACAGUGCCUUUUUUUCUUUUUCUUUUUUUACUUGGCUAUGUAAUUUUCAAGCUAAGUAAACCUCUGUUGUAAUGUUCUUGCUCAUGCAUUCUUCACACAGCUGAAGUGCAUCUCAUGAGGGCACAAUCCAUGCAAGACUUGUCCUGUAAAACGUAUCCAAUUGUGCUUGUUAUUAUACACUACAGAACAUUUUAUUAACAGUUCUUUAAUAGUUUAUAUAAACAGACCACUACCACAUUCCAACACACACUCAUGCAGACGCAUGCUGCGUAAAGGUGAUGAUGGACUUGCUUUUGGAAUACUUCCUGAAUUAAACUUGUUUGACUGGAAUAUCCAGGAAGUGUGCAACAGAGGUGAACCUUUAACAAUGGCAGAGAGACCACUUCUCACGGAGUUCCUUCGCUGUCAUGUUUGUUCUGAAAUUUUCAAAGACCCUGUGUCUCUUCACUGCAACCACAGCUUCUGUAAAAUGUGUAUUUAUCGGUUAUGGGAGAAGAAAAAUAUCAGAAACUGCCCCAUUUGUAACAGAAGAUCUUCUAUGACUCAGCCUGAUGUGAAUUUUAGCCUGAAAGUGCUCGCAGACUCGUAUGUACAGAGGAAGGAAUCGGAAGCAGGUGAAGAGAAGGAGGUAGACUUCAGUAAAGAGGGAGUUACUGAAGAGGAGAUAGUGAAAGUCUUUCGUAAAGAGGGAUCUGUUGGAGGAGUGGAGAGAGUGACGAUGUGCAACAAACACACGGAGAGGCCCAGGUGGUUCUGUGUGGACGAGAGGAUGGAUUUGUGUCCUCUCUGUGAAUCUCCUGAACAUCACUCCACUCACAAAAUAAUCUCUCUGGAGGAGUCUGUGUCUGACCUGAAGGAAAAGCUUAAAAGAAGCCUCAAACCUGUGCAGGAUCAACUAGUAAAGUGCCAAAAAUUCAAAACCCAAUAUGAGAAAGUGGUACAAUGCACAAAGAAACAAGCACUGGUAACCGAGAAGCAGAUUAAGGCAGAGUUUGAGAAGCUCCACCAGUUCCUGCGAGAGGAAGAGGAGGCCAGACUGGCAGCACUGAGGGAGGAAGAGAAGAAGAAGGGGGAGGCUAUCAUUGAAGAGCUCAAGAAGAUCCAGGAGCAGAUCUCGUGUCUCUCAGAUAGGAUCAGCACAGUGGAACAGGAACUGAAGGAACAGGAUGUGCCGUUCCUUAAGAAGUUCAGCCAGACCUCAGUGAGAGCCCAGUGCACACUGCAGGAUCCAGAGCUGCUCUCAGGGGCACUGAUAGAUGUGGCCAAACACCUGGGCAACCUGAAGUUCAGAGUCUGGGAGAAGAUGCUGGAGAUGGUGCAGUACACUCCUGUGACCUUGGACCCAAACUCUGCACAUCCCAGACUUUCUUUGUCUGAUGACCUAACCAAUGUGAGAUACGCUGACAUUACACAGCCACUUCCUGACAACCCAGAGAGGUUUAAUUACUGUGUGAACGUGUUGGGCUCAGAGGGGUUUACCUCAGGGAAACACAGCUGGGAGGUGGACGUGAAGAACAAACCUCAGUGGACCAUAGGAGUGGCUAAAGAGUCUAUCGGCAGGAAGGGACAGGUCACAUGCAGCCCACUGAGGGGAUACUGGGUUCUGUUGCUGAGGGAUGGCGAUCAGUAUUACUCGGCUUCUGGAACACACCUCACCCUUGAGAGGAAACCCCAGAAGAUCAGAGUGGAGCUGGACUAUGACAGGGGAGAGGUGUCCUUCUUCGACCCCAGUGACAUGUCGCAUAUUUACACUUUUAUAGAUACUUUUACAGAGAGGGUCUUCCCAUAUAUAUCUCCCUGUGGAAAUGACGAUGGCAGUAACCCUGGAGCUCUGCAGAUAUGCCCAUUGAAGGUUUCUAUAACAGUGGUGCCACUACAAUGAUGCUGUUGUUCAGAGUGAUAUCAGAAAAAAAUAUUUACUGGGAUGACUGUCUAUUCUGUGUCCAGAUUUAAAUCACUUUUGAAGACCAACCUUUCCAGAAUUGUUUUUAAAUUUUCUGUAAUGACAUGUAUUAUCAUACUUGGCUGUAGUUAUUUGUUUUGGUUUUCUUAUUUUGAAAAAUAACAGAAAUAAAUAAAAUCUCCUUGAUGCAAAGCACUCUGUGAACAGACUGUUGAAAGGGGUUAUAUAAGUCCAGUCAAUCUUUUAUUAUUAAAAUCAAUUAAUUGAGUGUGUAUAGCAAGACAAGUAAGAAGGGCAGUUAGGAGCACCUGUAAGGUAAGAAAAAACUAUUAACAUGACAGUUAAUUUGAACUUAAAACAGACAUGGUAAGGGAACUGACUACUGUUACUGUCAUGGUUCUGUGUUUUCCUGUCUGUGUUUCCCUUGUUGGGCCGCCAGAUGGCGGCACUU